UGUGUUGGGGAUGUGUGGGUGGGUGUGUGGGUGGAGGUAUUUCUCUGGUAGCGUUCAGAGGCUUCGUGUCUUUCUCUCUGAGCUCCAGGAUGAGGACAGAGCUGCUCUUUGUCCUCCUUCUUCCUGCGCUGACAGCGGCGGCCUCACCGACACCAGGGUCCGAGGACCUCGUGGUGUCUCUGAGACAUGGUCGUCUCAGAGGAGACUAUGUGACGGUGAAGGGGACAGAGAGGAGGGUGAAGAACUACCUGGGGAUCCCCUUCGCCCGGCCCCCCCUGGGCCCCCUCCGCCUGGCCGCCCCCCAGGAGGCGGAGCCCUGGGACGGCGAGAGGGACGCCACCCAACACCCUCCUAUGUGCAUCCAGGACCCAGAAAUAGUUGUGAACACGUCCAGAAUCAUGUCCUUGGAGUUCGUCCCUCCAGCGCUUUCAGAGGACUGUCUCUACCUGAACGUCUACGUUCCAGCCGAGGCAACGAGAGGAGACAAACUACCGGUGAUGGUCUGGAUCCACGGCGGAGGUCUAGCAAUGGGAGCGGCCUCUCAGUACGACGCCGCUCCGUUAGCCGCCUACGAGAACAUAGUGAUGGUGAUCAUCCAGUACCGGCUGGGCAUCCUGGGCUUCCUCAGCACCGGAGACAAACACGCUCAGGGGAACUGGGGUUUGCUGGAUCAGCUGGCAGCGCUGAGGUGGGUGCAGGAGAACAUCGAGGCCUUCGGAGGCGACCCCCAAACCGUGACGGUGGCUGGAGAAUCGGCCGGAGGCAUCAGUGCGUCCAUCCUGACGCUGUCUCCUCAAGCUAAAGGACUGUUUCAAAGGGCCAUAUUCCAGAGUGGGGUCGCAACACUGGGCACCUACACCACCAAACACCCCCUGUCUCAGGCCAAGAUUGUCGCCAACAUAACGGGAUGUGACAACGACAGCACGGAGGUAAUAGUUCAGUGCCUCCGAGGAAAAAGUCAAGACGAGUUCGUGGCUGCAACCAAAAAGAUGAAAAUCUUCCUGGGAGCCGUGGUGGACGGCGAGUUUCUGACCGACGUGGCAGAGGAGCUACUCAAGAGGAAAGAAGUGCUGAAGGUUCCUGUGAUGAUGGGAAUAACCAACCAUGAGUUCGGGUGGAUCCUGCCUCAGAGCUUCGCCCCCCCAGGCUGGUACAAUGGUAUGAACCGUGAGUCGGUGGUGGCGGUGAUAAACGUGUUCAAUCCUGCAGGGGUCUCUGUUGCCAACAACCUCAUCGCUGAUGAAUACUUGAAAGACGCCAAAACUCCAGAAGAGAUCAGAGACGCAUUCACAGAAGUUAUUGGAGACCUGUUGAUGACGCUGCCGGUGGUCAAGGUGGCGGGAUACCACUCAGAUGCGGGCGUUCCAGUUUACAUGUAUGAGUUUGUGUACCGCGCUGGCAUUUACAGACAGAACAGACCCGACUUUGUGAAGGCAGAUCACGCCGACGACGUCGGCUUCAUGUUCGGUGGAUGUUUCUGGGGAGGACAUAUUAAAGUCACAGGCAACGUCACCACAGACGACGAGAGAUUGUGUCGGGCCAUGAUGUCAUACUGGGCUAACUUCGCCCGUACUGGUUCCCCUAAUGGUGCUGGUCUGGUUAACUGGCCUCCCUACGACCAGGAGAAGCAGGACUACAUGGAGCUGGAUCUGACUCAGACUGUGAAGCAGAAGCUGAAGAAGGACCGGGUCCAUUUCAUCACGGUGUCGCUGCCUCAGAAGCUGGAACAGUUAGCGGCAGCAGCCAAGGCUGGAAAUUAACCCGCACUAGACGUCUUACUGUCUGUAUUCAGCCCAGGUUUAGGUGUGUGUUUGUUUUUUUAGCCUUCUUCAUUGUACACACGAAAUAAGAAUGUUUCUUCUCUUUUUCAAGUAACUGUCAUUAAAGGAAAAAAAAAAAACGUCA